AUGGCCGCCCCCCUCGCGUCCCUGCGCUCCUUCAUCGUCCCGCAAGGCUUCCAAUUCACCUCCUCGACGCGCAUCACCGUGCAGCGCGACUGGUCCGAUGCGAGUGCGAACUGCAGCCUGCACCUGAUGCAGCUGUUGCCUCCGGAUGUGUAUGCCGACUGGUACGAGCUUGCGCAGCGCGCGGGCUACUCGUUCGAGCUGAGAGGCAGCGACGACCUGGAGAAGCCGGUGAAUGCGGUGGACUCGGAGCCGGGCGUCUUGUUGCUGGAUGUUGCUCUUCCGCGGGACGCAGCGCUGGAGGCAUUCGAGCUCGCCGUCGACGUCCCUCUGCAUGCUAGGUAUGGAGCGCCCGUCUCCGCUUCGCAGGCCGGUUACCACACCAUUCACAUACCGCAGCCCGUCGGCUUCUGGGCGUGCGAGACCGUUGGGGGCCCUCAUCCUCUCCCCCAACCGUUACAGUCUUAUAUAUCCCCUGAGCGCUUUAACUCUCUCAGCAUCUCUUUAAUACCUCUGGCAUCAUCCGGUGCCCCCCUCGAUGUCACCAUACCUGUGGGCAGGCUAGAUGAUCUGGCCUUCGUCGACAUUGGUACUACAGUCGUCAUGCUGCUCAUGUUUGCCUAUCUGGUGUACGUGUCCCUUAGAACUGCCCACCGCCUUUACCCUCGUGCAACGAAAUCAGAUUGA